UAGGGUGUCGUGAAUGCACCUGCGAGCACAGUUUACUAUUUAGACUAAAGUUGAAGUGUUAUCGAUCGGACUUUGCUUUUUCUGAUGUCAAAACUAAGGCUAAUUGGCUUCUAUCGGAGCUUUAGGAACAAGAUAGACAAACGACAGCCUAAAAACAUACGAAUUCUGAAAAUAUUUGAACGUUUAAAUGACUAUAAACUACAGAAGAAUUACUAAAUAGCUUAUAAGUGAAUGUACAUGAAUCUACAUAUAUAUAUAAGAAGAGAACUCACCGUGAUACGUCAAAACCGAACUCCGAAAACAGCUCCUAUCACAAUGUUUAGUUCGUCGAUAACGGCUAAAUCAGAUGCUUUGCUAACUGAAGCUUGAGGCGCAGUCAAUGAGCAGUGAACGUGACAUCUACACCGAAGUUAUGGCACAUAUAUUUGUCAAACCGACUUUUCAAAAAUAUCUUAAUUUGGCUUUUUGACUGAAGCGGUGUAUGGAUUAAUUUGUUCAUGUGUGAGUAGCAUCCGCUGAUAUGACAUGACUCCAGGACGCUAAUUGGACAAUUCGCUUUACGAUGGAGUUCAAAUCUUGAGCUUUCACAGGUGGCUGAAUGGUGUGAACCAAUUGUUGCUAAAGAGAUACUGAGGAGAACUAGAGAGGAUUUGGGGUGACUACUGGACCUAUUGUCUGGCCAAACCUUCAUUUCAGGUAAAUAUUUCGAAUGUCAGUUUUCAAGACAUUUACUACGCUAGUCCCAGAUUGAACAAAUUUCUGAAGCAAUUAGGACGAAUUUGAACGUAUACUCGGUCUUCUAAUGAUAGGAAGCCCAAAUAUGAAUGGGUUAUACGAUAUACCAUAACUGUCAGCACAGGUUCUAGCCAAAAGCCCAGACACGAGUUUCGCCUACAUUCUGCCGCUGUUUGACAGAGCUGCGAGGCGUUUGGCCUAAGUCUAAAAAUUUCCGAUAAACAAAUUUACCCAAGUCAGCGAUCAAUUUCUGAGUAAAAGUAAAAAUUGUAACUUAAAAACUGGAGUAUCUAUCAGAACGCACAGAAGGAACGCUGGGGGAUCACUGAUGAUCUGAGUCCUUCGCAGUCGGCAAAAAUGCAAAAUCAAUAAAAAGAUAUUUGAAGAAGAAGAAGAGUCGAGCACCCGAACACUUCGUUUAUUAUCCUGAGCUUUCAGACUCGUACAGGAGUCCAUCGUCAGAGGUAGUGGCAGAAACAGGACAAGCGGCAGUUAUAAGGCACGUAGGCCCAAUCCUCGACCGACGUCGCACGACUGGAGGUGACUACGAAGGGCUCUGUACGCCGGCGCCAGAUCAAUAAAUCGAUUGACCGAGUUCUCAUCCGAGGCCCAGGCUUCAAUCAAUUCUCGGCCUGUUUUGUUUCCUGCGUGGGCGAUUAUUUUGGUGGCUGCGAAGUCAAACUCGUGACCCAUUUCGUAGGUGCGGGCGGCCACUUGUGACAUUCACAUCCAUCCCGCCAAACGUGGCCCGCGAAGUCUUGCGCAAGAGACUUGAAGAGGCGUACGAUGAGACUCAAAAUGCUCUCAAAAUUGAACAUCUAAUGAGGCUGUUUGAAUUCUGCCAACAAACUUUCUUCACUUUUGCAGGAGAGACCUAUGAACAAAUUAAGGGAACCCCAGUGGGCUCACCGGUCUCCGGUUUGGUGGCAGAACUGGUCCUACAGGAGUUAGAAAAGAUUGCCUUCCUCCAACAUGAACCGGUGUUUUGGCGACGUUACGUUGACGACACGUUCGUCAUCGUAAAGAAGGACAUGUUGCAACAUUUCCACAGCCUGCUCAACGCAGUCUUCCCGGAUAUAAAAUUCACGAGGGAAGAAGAACAGGAACAGCAGUUGCCCUUCCUGGAUGUGCUUAUCAGACGAAACCUUAACGGUGAACUUAAAACGACGGUUUAUAGGAAGGCAACGAACACCACACAGCUUCUCAGUUUUCACAGCAACCAUCCGGUGGCUCACAAACGAAGCUGCGUGAAGACGCUCUUCAAACGGAUCCAAACUCAUUGCAGCAAACCGGAGGACAGAGCCCAUGAGGCCCGUUAUCUCCGCGACCAGUUUGUGCAAAAUGGCUAUCCGAGGGCAUUCAUAAGUCGCUGCCUACGCAGUCGCCACCAGAGAACUCGAACAUCAACGCCACCGACGAUAUGGCAUUCUCUGCCAUACAUCAAGGGUGUUUCAGAAGCGACCGAGCGCAUUGCUGCAGAGCUAGGUGUUUGA